AUGGCCAACUUCGAGGAUUGGGUGUCGGAGGAGGAGAAGGUAUGCAUAGCUGCUAAAUUCAUCACUCACACAUCCCCAGGGGAAUUUAAUGAAGUGUUCAACGAUGUCCGGCUACUACUUAAUAAUGACGGUCUCCUCAGGGAAGGGGCAGCACAUGUACUUGCCCAGUAUAACAUGGGUCAAUUCAUGCCUGUGAAGAUAGAAGGAUAUGAAGAUCAGGUCUUAAUUACAGAACACGGUGACCUGGGUAAUAGCAGAUUUUUAGAUCCGAGAAACAAAAUUUCCUUUAAGUUUGAUCACUUACGGAAAGAAGCAAGUGACCCUCAGCCAGAGGAAGUAGAUGGAGGUCUGAAGUCUUGGAGAGAAUCCUGUGACAGUGCUUUAAGGGUCUGUGUGAAAGAUCAUUAUUCCAACAACUUCUGUUCUGUUCAUGCUAAAACUAUAGAUGGGCAACAGACUGUUAUUGAAGAAAUGGCAUCCAUGUAUGCCAUCUGUAUUGAAAGCCACCAGUUUCAGCCUAAAAACUUCUGGAAUGGUCGUUGGAGAUCAGAAUGGAAGUUCACCAUCACACCCUCUACAGCCCAAGUGGUUGGAGUACUUAAGAUUCAGGCUCACUGUUAUGAAGAUGGCAAUGUUCAGUUGGUUAGUCAUAAAGAUGUACAGGAUUCAGUAACUGUUUUGAAUGAAGUCCAAACUGCCAAGGAGUUUAUUAAAAUCAUAGAGCAUGCAGAAAAUGAGUAUCAGACAGCAAUUAGUGAAAACUAUCAAACAAUGUCAGACACCACGUUCAAGGCCUUGUGCCAGCAACUUCCAGUUACCUGCACCAAAAUCGACUGGAACAAGAUACUCAGCUACAAGAUUGGCAAAGAAAUGCAGAAUGCUUAAAGGCUGAAUGUAGGAUUCUUCAGUACAUAGAAAGAAAGGAUUCAAUGUGUGGUCAUAUGAUAAAUAAGUGAUUUAUAAACAAGAGUGAUAUUUUUCUAGGGCUUUCAAAGUUAACAGGUUUUCUAGCCUCAUGGAAUACUGUUGAACUUAUAGCAUUGUCUU